GGGCUGGGAUGGUGGCGGGGCGGCGUGAGUUGGGUGUGUGUGAAGGGGCGCGGCGUGCCCGGCAGUGGCCGUCGCCCGGGGUCAGUGGCCAGGCCGGGCAGGUCCGUCGUCCUGGCAUUUUGUUAAGCAAAUCGUCGACACAUGCUUGGCUGCGGCGUAAUAUUUGCGAGGCGCCGCACCGUUAUGUACUGAGGGCGCCGCUUAUUGGUUCAUGGUGGUCACGUGACGCUGCCAUAUGUUGUGCAUGACUCUGCGCAUGCGCAGGAGGCGAUCUAAUCUGACGGAGCUUAGGAUGGCUUCGGAAUCAAGUAUUCUUGUGAAUCAAGGCAAAGUCAGGCACGAAAGACUCUGUGAAUGAUAAAUAAUAAAGCGCCAUCACAAGGGUGUCAGGGACCGCAGGACACGCGUCUGCCGCCCGCUGUUCCCGCGUGUCCCAAGCUUUUUGAAACGUCCGGUAAUCGUGUGAAAACCUGCGGGCGCCGCGCCUCGCCGCCAGCCCGGAGUUCGUCGCCAAGCGCUGUGAGCGACGGCGCGGGGCCGCUCAGCCACCUCGGUGAAAUCGAAAGUUUCGUAAAAGCUGAUGUUUGCCAACACUCCAAACACCAACACUCCGGGCCCAGCCUGUUGUUAUCGAGGCGGAGACUGACAGUAAGGAGGGGCUGUGUCAGCGAGUGUGUGCCUGGACUGAUCAUGGCCGCGGCGGCGCCCCACUGCUGCCGGCGCGGGCGAGGCAGCGGGCCGCCGAGGGCCACGGCACAGCGGCACCGGUGGUAGUGGCGAGGCGGUGGCGGCGGCCGCUGGUGGCGCGGGCCCGGAUGUGUAGCUAUGGAGGAGUAUUUCUACCUGGAGGAGGCGGGCUACCCCGGCGUGGCCUUCCGGGGCGCCAAGCCAGACCUGGAGGUGGCUCUCCCCGGCCCUCGGUACGGGGUGGCCCCCCCUGCGGCGUCGGAGGCGGGAGGGGCCGAAGGGUACGAGCUGACGCUCCUCGAGUCGCCCAGCGUGUACGACGUGACCCAGUACCCGAGUUACCAGGGCGGCGGGGCUGACGGCGCGGCCUUCCCCGAGCCGCCCGCCUUCACGCCCAGCUACGUGCCGGCGGGUGGCUUCAACGCGGCAGUAGCGAGGUUUCCUGCGCCCCACUUCCCUCCGAAGGACCUCAACCUUAACUUGGAGCUGGAGCCUCCGGCGGUCAACCCCUUUAACGAGGUGGACAAAGUGCCGCCUCACAGGACGUACUUGAGGCCGCAGCGGCGCCGGCGCCACAAGCCGCUGGGGAAGGAGAUCGUCAAGACACGGCGGGUGGCUGCCAACGCGAGGGAGCGGCGGCGCAUGCACGGCCUCAACGACGCCUUCGACCGCCUGCGAGAGGUCAUCCCGUGCCUGGGCAGCGACAGGAAGCUUUCCAAGUUCGAGACGCUGCAGAUGGCGCAGACGUACAUCGCGGCGCUGCAGGAGCUGCUCAGGUCCUCGGGGGCCUCGGCGUGACGGUGACGAGGCGUCUUGGUGCGUCCCGACGACCCGAACAGUCAUCAUGGAGGGAGUGGAGAGGUGACAUUAUCCGAUUAUAUCUUAAGCUGUCCUCAUUUGUCAUUAUCUGACCAACACUUCUCAGGACAAUGCGCGCUGGACGGGAAGCUCACGGCGAGUCACUGCAAGUAAUUUCUCUGCGGGUGUUAUGAAGGGAAUGUAAUACCCGAAUACACCCGAGUGAUUACGGCGGACACUAAUGGUUUAAGGUGCAUUUGUUGAAGCUUUAAUGUGUGGCGAGGAAGGGGGAAGGGAGACAGGGAGACAGGGAGGGGAUCGCCAGGCGGUGAGGUGAGCGGAAGCUCCCUUUCGGCCAUUACAAUGCAAGAGUGUGUUCUUAUGACAUGUUUCCUCAGAUAACCAAACGACCAUAUAUAACGGAGCGUCUCUUUAGCGAAUUAUUAUAGAGGGAAGAGCUCGGGGACCUCAAUGAACAUAGGCAAUGUGUUCUCACUACAUGUUCCCUCAGAUAACCAGACAACUUACAGUACGAAGUGUCUCUUUAGUGAAUCAUUAUGGAGAGAAGAGCUCGGUGGAGUAAAUCCUGGCCCUGCAGACUCCCGAGCACCCGCCUCCCGCUGGCUCAGGUGGCAGCAAGGUGCAUUUACGUCAGGCUGCAGAGGUGCUCCAUCUUGUAACGAAGUGUAACAGCAUAGACGUAAAGACAAAGUGUUACGCUGCCAACCUCCGUUUUCGUUAUGGCAAGGUCUUUAAGAGGUGCCGCUCUCCGUUGUUUAUCGUUAUGUGUGUUGUGGUUUAAGUUUUUGUUAUUGUUACAUUGACGGCGAAUGUAGGCGUGUGAGGCUACCUUACUUAUACACUGGGUACGCUAUGAGAGGCUGAGGGAGUGUUGGGAGGCGUAUUCUUGAGGCAGAGUGAAGACUAUAAAAAAGGUCGGUUCCAGGAGGGGCUGGCGGGCCUAAUCCUUCAGGGGUGAACUCGCGGACUUGGUAUCAUUGCUUGGGUGACGGUACUGAUUCAAAGAGGUAGCAGAGAGCAAAAGAUAGUAGGCUAUGUCACGGCAGGUUAGAUCUAGUAAACGCAGAGACUGUCACCCAAGCAAGACGCCAAGUACGCGAGUCUACCCCUGAAGGAUAUGGCCCGCCAGGUCUCGUGCAACCGGCUAUAGUGGUGGACGCUGCUACCUGAUUCUUGCUGUGUGCUACCGAAGACUUUGCACCUGAGAUAAAGGAGUUGAUAAAGACCCUUCCCUUCCCUACCCAUACACCGACACCUCCCUUCCUUUACAGACACAUACAUCUCCCCUUCCCUCCUCUACACCCCUUCCCCAUUCCCUCUUACCCACCCACACCUCCCUUCUCUCUCUCUUUUUUUUCUCCACUCCGUCCAAUCCCCAUCCCUAUUCCUCCUCCUCCAACCAUCUCCUCUCCCUCCCACACCUCCCCCUCCACCUCCUCCUCCUCUCCCUUACGUUCCCCUCUUCUCCCUCCCUCUCCACCUACCCUCCACACCCCUUCCCCUCUCCACCUUCCACCUACACCUCUCCCUCGCUUCCCAUCCCAACAUAAAAAAUAGUUACAAAUACAAUACUUGCCUCAAAAUCGCUCUCCAGUGUGAAAAUAAAAUGUGUAUAUAUAUAUGUAAGAGUUGCACUUCGAUACGUCUCUCUCUAUUUGUUUACCUAUAGGGAAAAAGAAAAUCGAGUAUUGUACAUGUAUUUAAACUUAUCUGUUAGUAUUUAUGUUAUGUUUUUGGGUUAUGUGAAGUAUUUAUUAUUUGUUAUGUUUAUUUAUGUAUAUAUUUGAUUAUUUAUACGUCUAUUUAUUUAUUUAUUUAUUUAUAUGGGUAUUUGUGUCGUGACCUCAAGUUCUUUAUCAGACGCUGUUUCUUAAGUCUGUCAUAUUCAAGUCACUUUCAGAAUAGCAGUUUAGCACAAACACUUACACACACACACAAGAUCAGUCCCUUUCAGAACACUUGCACAUACUCACACACACACACACACAACCGCAGACACUUUCAGAUACCUAUUUUUUACAGCCAAGGAAACAGUUCAAGGGCAAAAUAAAAAAAAUAAAAAAUCAAGACAGGAAAGCCCACUAAUUACUGCUCUAACAUGGAAUAACACGCAUAACAUCAGGCACUUCCAGAAUACUGCUUUUACACACACACACACACACACACACACACACACACACACACACACACACACACACACACACACACACACACACACACACACACA